CCAAACCAAUCUGUCAAGCUCUCGUCUCGGUUUUGUCUCGGUUAGAUAGAGAGUAGUAGGCUAUAGGUAUAUUCCUUGCUGUUAGUUAAGUCAAAAUUGUAAAUGAACAUAACAAUACAACCAUAAAGUUGAAGUUGAAUAUUUUAGAAUACGCGUAUCAAUAUGAAUUAAAAUUUGCUGUGCCUUGUGGUGUAUCGGACACUUAAGUUUUUUGUUGAGUUGUAUCUUGCCCAGAAGUGCUCGUGGAAUUGCGUACAUGCCGGCUAGAAAGUGCAGGCAAGCAGCUUACCGUGAAAUAGAAUCGCAGUUCCGUGCUAUAACCACUAGAUUUGUUAAUAAAAAGGAACUAACAUCACAAGCUAAGUACGACGUGUAACAAAGAAAAACUGAUUUAUAACUUUUAUGCCUGGUGCAUAGACACUUGCAUUGAAAACUUACAAAUUGUUUAAGACCAAAGAAUAUAACUCAAGACGAAAAAAUAUCGAAUGGAGAUCCUCCUGUGAAUCACACCCAAGAUGUGGUACGUAGUGGCAUGCAGGGCAUGCCUUGCCACUGAAGGCAAGUUCCAGAAGUUUACUCCUGCCUCCAGAAGAACUUUCAUGACACUAACUGGAUUAGAGAUACAAGAUGGUGACGGUUUCCCGACUCAUUUGUGCGGAGAAUGCUACACGCAGAUCAAGAAAGCAACGUUGUUCCGAAAACGCAGCAGGCGCGCGCACUUCGUCCUGAAAGAGAUCAUGGCAGUCAAGAAACAGAUCACCCUGAAAGACAUACAAACAGUAGACCGGAAGAAAACUAAUCUGGUGUCCCCAUACACAUAUUGGAAACCAGAAAAUUCCAUCGCUUACUCAUUUACAAUUAAUGAUCUAGAUGUUACUGAUAAUGAAAAUACACACACUAAGAUUGAAGAAAUCGUUAAUAUAAGUAUGCCAAUCGCAACCAAUGACACCAGCCUUCAUGCUGAGGAUACUAGUAUCACUAAACAAAGUGUUAACGCAAUAGCUGCUGAUAUUUGGAAAGACUGGUCGCCGAUAGAUCUUAAUAAGGAUGUUAACAGAGAUGAUAAUACAGCAAGGAAUGUGACAACAUACAAAUACAAAUUGAAUUAUAUACAAGAAACAAAUGACGAAGUUCACGAGGUCAAAAUACAAAGAGAUUCUGAUGAGAAAUUGGAAAUAAACAGUGAACUUUUAAACACUAAAGGGAGUUUCAUCAAGCACAAAUUAGAGACUAUCCAUUCAUCGUCCAUCGUAGUCAAUAUCAAGCCGGAAAAUUACAAAGAAAUUGAAAGGUUAGAAGAAGAAGAGAGACAAAAACAGAAGGAGCUGGAAGCUCCAGAUGAUGACUUCCAAAUGUAUGAUAAUACCGAGGUUGGUGCCAUUGACGUGGUUAAAGAGGAGAUUGAUUUAGAAGACGUCUUCAAAGGGUUGAAAGAGGAGGAAAGUGAGAGUGAAGAAGAACCGGAUAUACCUUGGCCAGAGGUAGAUGUGAAAAAGGAACCAAAAAAAUCUGCCCUAAACUGGAAGCCAGAUUCUAAAUGCAUAAAGGCGGCCCAUGCUUUAGGUCACUGUACACGAAUAAGGUUAAUGACCUCAGAAGAACAGGUGGAGGCUUUCCAGCGGAUGAUGCUUGAGGAGCCGAUGAAGAGUGCUCGUUUUAAAUGCAUACUCUGCGUUACUAUCAGUCCCGACAUGGCUAGCUUGAUGAGACAUGUCCAAUAUCAUAAUAGGAAGAUACAAUCGGGCAUCCCAUGCCCAAUUUGCAAGGAUUACUUCAAGAAUGAAGAAUGGCUGAAGAAACACCAAGCUGAGAAGCACUGGUACGAAUACACUUGCGGGAAAUGUGAUCAGAAACAUUAUACACUAUCAGACCUCGUAGCAUGCCACGCGACCUGUCCUCGCUUCAAUAAUGGCCCGCGGAAGCCGAAGAUCGACAAUCAGUGGACUCUAAAAGCCCUCCCGCCGGAGCUGUACCCCGUCACGGUGCAGUCCAAGUCGCGCGCCAACACCCCGCAUCGCUGCCACUUGUGCGGGGACUGUUUCCUUAACGCCGCUAACCUUGUCAAACAUAUGGGCAAACACGAGACACCAAAUCGCAGCCAUUACCAGUGCGAUAUCUGUAAGCUAUAUAUGCGACAGAAGCAAGCUUUGGAGAGGCACAUGGAACACUACCAUCUCUACUCGUAUAUCUGCGACGUGUGCGGCGCUUGCCUUAUUAACAGGAAGCAGGCUAUGGACCAUAUGGUCACACACCCCAAACCCGGGCUGUCAUAUCCAUGUUCCUCCUGCAACAAGACAUUCAGCACAGCAGCGAAGGUGCACUAUCACGAGCAAACUAUGCAUUCGGUAGAUUGCAACUUGUGCGGACAGAACCUCGGCUCGUCGGAGCUCUAUUAUAAACAUCAACUCACCAACCAUGGCUACGUCAUACUCAACACGGAAGCAGAAAUGAACGACCCGCAAUACUACUGCUCGCAUUGUAACAUGUACUUUAUGAGUGAGAAGAUUUUGUUCAAGCAUCUCGCCAGGUCGGGCCACGAGGAAGCUAAGAGUUACGAAUUGGGCUGUAUAGCCUGCAAGGAGUUGUUUGACAACGAAGAGGACUUCACACGUCACCGGCUGUGCUGCAGAACUAACGUGUUCCCCAAAGAUUGCGUCUAUUGCGACGCAGUGUUGAAGGACGUCAUGGAGUACAAGAAGCAUUAUUUCAAGGUCCACCCAGACUUCCCGUACCAACACAUCACUGCGCGGCGCUUGUGUGAAAUUUGCGGGAAAGCUGUGUAUUUGAAUAACACAACUCAGCACAUGCGGACCCAUGACUCCAAUGAGCUGGCGCUGAAGUGCAAGUUCUGCCCUGUGACCUCCACGUCGGCUUUGCAGCACGUAUCACACGUCCUCUGCAAUCACACGCUCAAACCCUACUGCUGUCUGAUCUGCGGCAUGAGGUUCACCAACCGCUGUGACUGCCGUGACCAUAUCCUUAAGUCGCACGCGCCGGUCCGGCCGUACAAGUGUGAGGCGUGCAGUCGCGAGUUCGCCCACCUCGACUACCUCCACGACCACUGCCUCAAGCUGCACCGUAUAAACCUGAAGAAGACGAACAAGUCACUCUUCCUCAGACGGAAGAAUCCCGGUUCAAUGUUAGUCUUCCCGGACAUGCAAAUCGACGGCAGUCUCCUAGACGUAGAGCUGUUGGAGAAAAUCAAAAUAGAAUCAUGCGAUUAUAUGGAGCAGAAUCGUAAAGUCAUACACUAUAGCGACUGCUUCUUUUUUGACCCUACUGUUGACCCUUCCGUACCCACAAGACAACCCAAUCCAAGAUACCGACUGGAACAAGACAGGUUGAGUUUCAAAACAGAGAAAGCUGCGAAAAAGGAGAAAUUAAAGAAGGUUAAAGUGUCACAGGAAAAGAAGAAAAAAGGAAAGAAAAAGAGAGAACCAGGAGUUAUCAAAGAAGAAAAUAUUAGUAUGGGAUUAGUAAUUACAGAAAGCGACGACGGAAGAGAAGAGACGUCAGAAGGUCUCCCGACGGUAGAAGAAGUGAUAGACAAUAUGGAAGCUAACGAGGAAGCCAUGCGAGUGGACGAGACAGAAGAUGUUGUGGGUGAGCUGGUGGAAAGAGAUGGAGGAUAUUACGCGUUGGUCAAUGGAGAAUUGUUUAAGAUAGACGCACCUCAAGAAUAAGUCAGUUUUAAUAAAAAAAAAUAAUACGGUACUUCCACCUAUUUCUACCAAAGUAUUUCUCCCAGGGGAAAUAGAUUUCCAUUCAUUUCUACUGCAUUAUCAGGUAGGUUAAAAUGGCCACAUCGAAGCAAUUCAUCUAAGAAAGUAUGUGCGCAAUGCAAACCAAUGUCAAAUAGCAAUAUUGCUCUCUUAGAUGAAUUGCUUCGAUGUGGUAAUUUUAACCACCCAGGUAUGCUCAAAACUGACAGCUAGCAUUUCAAGGUUAGCCCAGCUGACGUCAUCCGACCCUGUGUUGCCAUUUCGUAAAAAAUAAAUUACCCACGACCAAUGUUUUUAAUUUCCUUUGCAAGGAAAUUUUGUACUUUUAGUAAAAGAUUUACGUACAGUUUUGAUGAUUUUUUAUAUAAGUGACAAAUAAUAGUAAGUAAUUAAAUACAUUAGUCAGUAAUUCACUUAAUUUUCAACAAUAAAAUUUACGUCCUUGGAAUGUUGGAGAUACCAAUUGAAUGGAACGCUUACGUCAUCAAUGGGCUAGCAAUGGCGGCUUGUCAUAGGAUUGAGCAUACCUGGUCUUAUACCAUGAGGUGAGGACCUUGUGGCGAUGUCAGUGAUCAGAUCAGUGCAGUAAAGAGGGAAUGUUCGCGUUGUAAAAAACGUUUUAACAAUUAGGACACUGGCUGCUUUUCUUUUUCAAAUUGUUCUUUAUUGUACUCUGGGUAUUAUCUGCCUUUUACAUAAGUUUUACGCCUUUUUUACUGGCGGGUACAUUCCCAAAGUGGGAACAUUGGUCGUAAUGCUUCCACCCCAAGAGUAGCGGGUGCAUGUCCCGAGUCAGAUUUUUUUUAACUUUCUCUUAAGUGAGUUUCCCUAAGCAGGGAUGAGUGUUAUAAAAACAAAUGCUUAUAAAUAUAUAAUUUGGUAUGUAA